AUGGACCUCGCGAUCCGCGUCAACGUGCGCUACGCGGCCCCCGUCGACUCGCAACUCAAAGACGCACUGCGCCUCUUCAAGAGCGCGCGGUGGGUCCACUCCAUCAUCCGGUACAUCGUCCCGCAGCUCAACAGUGUGUCCCCCGCGGCGCUGCACGUGCUCCAGACGCUCAAGCGCAGUCCCGCCGUCGUGCGCCCGCCACCCGACGGCAGCGCCGCCGUCUGCGUCGUCUGCAUGGAAACCCUCACGUCGCCCUGUGCGGAGCUGCCGCUGUGCCGCCACCAGUUCCACGCGCGCUGCAUCGCGCCGUGGCUCAAGACCCACAGCUCGUGCCCCACGUGCCGCCAGCAGCUGCCCACGGACGCCUAUGCGAGCUACAGCGUCUACGCGAUCAACACGACUGUCGUUCUGCAGCAGUCGCAGUCGGCCCUGUCGCCCGCCGAUCUGCUCGAGCUCUCGGCCAGCAAUCAGGUGAUUCGAGCCAUUGUGAACGCGCGCGUGCGGCGCAAUCCCAUCGCCACGACGCGAUCGGCGGCGGGAAGCAGUGUACCCAUUUUGCAGCCAGCAGCGCCAGUCAUGAACGCGAGCGUAGUGGCGGACGGGGCGACUGCUCGUUUGCCCGACGGCGCAGAGGCCAUGGGGCGCGUACCAGUGACGCGUCGAAACGCCUCUCGACGGCGUUUUCGAGACCCGGAAAACAUGCGACGAGUGGACAAGCGGCGCCGACUGAGUGAGCUGUCCGACGACGUUUCGACGUCGUGA